AUGGACAACGAAAGGAAAACAGCCACUGUUACAUUCAGGGGCAUGAGAUUUAAGGACUUGCUUCAAGUCCAGCAGUUGAACAUGAGAAACUCUACAGAGAACUUUCUGCUUGGCACGUUUCUGAGUACUUUAUCGGCAUCUUAUGCAACUUCCUUCGUUGCAGAGCUGGACGGGAAGAUUAUAGGGUACUCGGAGGCUGCUGUCUUUCGAGAGAGGAAAAAAGGACAUAUCUACUCUAUUUGCGUGGAUGGGCCUUUCAGAGGAUGUGGAAUUGGGAGAAGGCUUAUUGGGCUUUCGAUAGAUGCUAUAAGAACAGAGAUGAAGGAAAAGGAGAUAUGCGAAAUAGAUCUUUAUGUUAGGACAUCCAACACAGAGGCUAUUGGUCUGUACAAGUCUGUUGGAUUUGUGAUAAGAGAGAAAGACCUUUCCUAUUACGAGGGAGGGGCUCCUGCACAUAGAAUGAGCCUGUACUUAGGAACAGGCACAGAAUCGAGGAAACCCUAA